CGGAGACGGCGGAGCGCCUGGCGUCCCGAGAGCGGCCGCUGUGCGGGGCUGGCCGGCCGGGUGAGGCCCAAGUUUGUAGCUGGCUGGACUGUGUCAGAAUCCUGUAGAGGCUGAUUGGCAGUGCCUUACCAUCAAGAGAUACCUCUGCCCAUGUACCAGCUGUAAUAUCCAGCAGAGGUGGACAAUAUGAGCCAAACCUGAGUGAAAUCAAGAUUUCAUUUGUUGGAAGUCACAGAUAGACAUCAGCAUCUAUGGCACUUAAGAAAAGCAUAUAGGACCAUGGCAGCAGAUGAUGACAAUGGUGAUGGAACGGGUUUGUUUGAUGUCUGUGCUGCCUCUCCUCUUAAAAAUAAUGACGAAGGCUCAUUGGACAUAUAUGCUGGGUUGGACAGUGCUGUUUCUGACAGUACUGCUAGAUCCUGUGUGUCAUUCAGAAACUGCUUAGAUUUGUAUGAAGAUUUCCUGACUGAAGAAGGAACUGCAAAGGAGGCAACAUAUAAUGAUUUGCAGGUAGAAUAUGGGAAAUGUCAGCGGCAAAUGAAAGAGCUGAUGGAAAGGUUUAAGGAAAUACAGACACAGAACUUGAACUUAAAAAAUGAAAACCAGUCUCUUAAGAAGAAUAUCUCAGCACUUAUCAAAACUGCCAGAGUGGAGAUAAACCGUAAGGAUGAAGAGAUAAAUCAUCUCCAUCAAAGAUUAUCUGAGUUUCCACAUUUUCGAAAUAAUCACAAAACUUCGAGAAUAAAAGAUACAAGACCCAAAUCUCCCCAUCUGGAUGAGUGUGCAAAGACUGAUCACGGAGUUAAAAGUGAUAUUCAUAAAGAUGUACAUCCUAACCCUCUACAGCCAAACCUGGAAAAGGAAGGAAAAUCACAUUCUGAAGGCCAGAAUCCUUUGCACUUGCCUAUUGGAAUUGAGAAACAUUGUACCAACAGUGUCUGGUCACGUUCUCAUUACCAGGUUGGUGAUGGUAAUUCAAGUGAGGAUAAUAGAAGAGGAAGGAAUGACAUUAGACAUAGCCAGUGUAGCAGAGGUACCGAUAGAACACAGAAGGACUUGAAUAACAGUGGUAGUGAUGGUGAGCCAAGGGACAAAGAGGUCAAUUCCAGACUACAAGGAAACCCUGAGAAACGUGGAAGCGGUGAUGCAAGGGCUGAGAGCAAAAGCUCAGAGAUUAAAAGUAGCACUGGUUUGGGAUAUAAAAGCGAGCGCAGUGCCUCUUCUUGGGAAAAAGAGAGUUCCAGAGAAAGGCCACACAAAUCUCAAAAUGACAAAAAUCUAGAGAGACAAAACGAAAGAUUACAAAAUGUGCACAGAAAAGACCUUCAGUGUCAGGAUAAAGCAGAAAGAAAAGGUGAUGUGAAGUUUAAACCAGCAGGGGAGGACCACGGACAUAGGGGGAGGGUGGAGCGGGAGCUGCCUUCUCAUUCCAAGAAUGACGUGAAAUACUAUGGCUUCGGUAAGUGUCAUCCAGAAGACAGAAGGGGAAGAGAGGAUUGCAAAAGAGACAGAGGGGUGAGCAGUCAUGGCUUUCAACAUAGAAGAUGUUCAUCUUCUUUGUCAAGCAACCGAAAUAGCAAGCACUUGCACUCCAAGGAAGUCAGUGUUGCACACCAGUGGGAAAAUACACCUUCCAAAGCAGAAAGACAUAGAACUGAGGACAGGAGGAAAAGAGAACGUGAAAACAAAGAAGAAAGUAGGCAGGUGAGAAGUGACAAAAAAUCACCUACAGAGUAUUUGCAAAGGACUAAUAAAGACAUUAAGAAGAGCAUUGCUGAUGUAAAGAGACAGACUGAACCAAAAAAUGGUAAAGGUGGAGUCUCUAACAAUGAGGUUUCUAAAGGAGCAGAUACUAGAGAAUGUGCAGUGAAAGUUAAGAACGGGCCAAAUGAGGUAAAAAGCAAAGACUUAAAGUUAAGUUUCAUGGAAAAAUUGAACUUAACUCUUUCUCCUGCUAAAAAGCAGCCUGUUUGUCAAGAUAGCCAGCACCAAAUAACUAGUGUUCCCAAGCCCAGUGGCACAUGUGACUACCAGUCUGCGGAGAAGCCUGGAACUGUAGCAUGUCUCCCCUCUGUCUGUGGACAAAGUACAGAGGAAUCCAAGUCGGGGUUAUCAGAGCCAAAGGAGGCUCUUCCAGCUGCAUCUCAGCUCAGGGCCAGCGUUCCAGAAAACAAGAUGAAGCCAGACAAUACAUCGUUAGAUACAUCUGUUGAGAAUACUGUGCCUUGUGAAAUGCUUGUUUGUGGCACGGAAAUUUCCUUCCCAGCACCUACAGAAAUAAAACAAAAAAUGUUUCCAUCUGCAGAAGUGGAAGGGACCCAUGAUGACUCAAAGGCAGCGGCAUCUGUGGUAAUGGAUGUAUCACCGGAUCAUGUUCCUCAGGAUUUUGGCAAAGAACUGGCCACCAAAAGGAAUGAUGAUUCGAAUUCUUGUGAUAUUUCUGAAGGUGUGAAAACAAAGGCGGUUCUUUCACCAAAAGCAGCUGUGGCCAGUGAGAGCCUUCUGAAGCCUUUGGUUGAAGAGCCUGGCAUUUCACUAGUAAACUGUUUGGGAGACAAAAAUCCUAAACUUGAACCUUGUCUUGAAGACAGACCUAUGGUUGAGAAUAAAUCUUGUCCUUUGGAGCCUUGUUUACCUAAAGAGCCUUUCAUAUCUUCACCACAGAAGACUGAAUUGAUUGACCACAAGAUAGAGACAGGAGAAUCAAACUCAGUAUAUCAAGAUGAUGAUAACUCAGUUUUGAGCAUUGACUUUAAUAAUCUGAGACCUAUUCCAGCAGCCAUCAGCCCACUGAGUAGUCCAGUGAGACCUGUAGCAAAAGUUCUUAGCAUGGAGAGCCCAUGUGUAAUUCCAGCGUAUGAUAGCAGUCAUAAAGAUGAGUUUCCAUCCAAUUCAACUCAUUCUACCUUCAAGGCUCAGUCAGAUCUAAAUAAGGAAAACCAAAAACCAGAUCCCAAGUUUGACAGAUGUUCAGAAGCAGAAUCUUGUAAGAGCUUGUCUUUAGAUGAAUUAGAAGAAGGAGAAGUUAGGAGUGAAGAUGAAGAAUCUGCAAUGCAGAGACACCUGGAAAAGAGUGGGAAACCUAGAGCUUCUGCUGAAGUGCAGCUGGCUAAAAGCAGCCCGGGAGACAGGAGCACUGCACAUGUGCAGAAGGACCACAGGAGCACAGGUGUAAAACCCCCUCAGGACAGCAUCACAUUGAGUAAAAGACCAAAUGAAUCUAGACCCUCAAGCAGCAAAAGGGAAAGUAAAAUGAUGAGCAUCUCCAGCUUAGAAAAAAUACUUCCACUUAUUCUUGCACCCUCCUCGAUAUGGGAGGUGAUGCAUAUGUUCCGGAUGCUAGGAAAACAUGUAAGGAAAAAUUAUAUGAAAUUCAAGGUAAAGUUUUCGUUGGUACAAUUUCAUAGAAUUAUUGAAUCAGCAAUUUUGAGUUUCACAUCACUAAUUAAAUACCUUGACUUGUCUAAGAUCUGUAAGUCAGUAAGUACUUUACAGAAAAGUCUUUGUGAAGUUAUAGAAUCUAACCUUAAACAAGUGAAGAAGAAUGGCAUAGUUGACCGUUUAUUUGAACAACAGCAAACAGAUAUGAAAAAAAAAUUGUGGAAGUUUGUAGAUGAACAACUUGAUUAUUUGUUUGAAAAGCUUAAAAAACUCUUAUUAAAGUUUUGUGGUUCUGUAAACUUUGGAAAUGACAAAAGUGAAGAAAAAGUUGGAAAAAAACAUAAAGAGAGAACCCAACAUUCAAAUGGUCAGAAGAGGAAUAUGGACAACAACAAAGAAAUACGGGGAGAAAGAGUACUAAAAUCAGAAAAUACUGUGAAUUUUAAAUCUUCAUCGGGGUAUGUAAAAUUUGAAGAAAAACAUCAAGACCAAAAUAACACCAGUCCUAGCACAAUAAAGCAUGAUGUAAAAAGAAGUGUUAGCACUUGCCCUGAUAAUACAAAGAACUCUGAGUGUAAAGAGCAGUUUCUGCAAAUGAACUACCCAAGCACCCCCAAGCCAAGAAAGAAUGAAGAAAGUGCCAGGGAGGAGGCACAUGCGCUACAGCAUGCAAGCACCAAGUCAGAGCGGGGCUUUGAGAUCCUCACUGAGCAGCAGGCAUCCAGCCUUACUUUUAACUUAGUGAGUGAUGCACAGAUGGGGGAAAUAUUUAAGAGUUUGCUGCAGGGUUCUGAUCUGUUGGACACCAGUGUUAAUGGUACUGAAAAAACAGAGUGGGAAUUAAAGACUCCAGAGAAACAGCUGCUGGAGAGUCUCAAGUGUGAAUCUGCACCAGCUUGUACAACAGAAGAGCUAGUUUCAGAGGGGGCUUCUCUUUGCCCCAAAGUGGUCAGUGAUGAUAAUUGGUCUUUAUUAUCAUCUGAAAAGGGUCCAUCUCUAUCUUCAGGGCUUUCCCUACCAGUUCAUCCCGAUGUGUUGGAUGAAAGUUGUAUGUUUGAAGUGUCUUCUAACAUUGCUCUAAGUAAGGAUAGUGUAUGCAACUCAGAAAAGAGCAAGCCCUGCAUUUCUUCCAUACUCUUAGAAGACCUUGCGGUCUCUCUAACAGUCCCGUCACCUCUGAAGUCAGAUGGCCACUUGAGUUUCUUAAAGCCUGAGGUUCUGUCGACUUCAACUCCUGAAGAAGUUAUUAGUGCACAUUUUAGUGAAGAUGCUUUGCUUGAGGAAGAGGAUGCUUCUGAACAGGACAUCCAUCUAGCUCUGGAGUCUGAUAAUUCAAGCAGUAAGUCAAGCUGUUCAUCAUGGACAAGCCGGUCUGUUGCUCCAGGCUUUCAGUACCACCCUAAUCUCCCUAUGCAUGCUGUCAUAAUGGAAAAGUCCAAUGAUCAUUUCAUUGUGAAAAUACGGCGUGCAGCACCAUCUACCUCUCCAGGCAUACUUAAACAUAGUAUGGUAGCUGAGGAGGCAGUGCCAUCUUUGCCUAGGACUGGAAAAGAAGCUGAUGUCGCAACAGAAAAAGAAUCUGUUCCGUUUCAGAGUCCAGUUUUAAAUUCUGUUGAGGACUUGGACAAUUCUGAAAAAGAUGUUGAUAAUAGCAAACCAGCUCAUGAAGAACAGAACUGUAUAGUACAAACACAGGUCCCAGAUAUAUAUGAAUUUCUUGAAGAUGCCUCAAGUAAGGUGGGCCAUUGUGAUCAAGUGGUUGAUGAUUGUUUCAAGUUGCAUCAAGUAUGGGAAUCAAAAGUUUCUGAGAACCUUCAAGAAUUGCCUUCAGUGAAAAAAAUCCCACAUUCUGUUGAUGAUCAUCUUCCUAGUGCACACAUAGAUCUAACAAAAGACCCAGCCACAGAGACGAAAAGCUUGGGGGAACUCAUGGAAGUAACAGUUUUAAAUAUUGAUCAUUUGGAAUGUUCCAGAACUAAUUCAGAUCAAGAUGGACAGACAAUAGGUAGCUCUUUACAGCCUAAUAGUUUUAUUGAUUUGACACAUGAUGGUUCAAGUAAGAGUAAAAGUGAACCUGUGUUAGCUGUUGAAGGCUUGGAAUGUCAAGUAAUAUGUAUAGAUGAGGAUAGCCACAAAGAAGGAAAGAUGGGAGGGGUAAAUGGUCCUUUAGAAAAAACGGUCCUUGUUGAAGACACUUGUAUUGAUUUGACUCCAGAGUCUCCUGGCUCCUGUGAAAUAAAGAGACAAGGUUUAAAAUCAGAACCAUUGUCAAACUUAGAUUGUUUAGAGUUGCCUGGAACUCUAGGUAAUGUUCACAAGAAGAGAAAAAACAGCCCUGGUCUGAAUCACUCUUCUCAGAAAAAACAAAGAAAGGACACAGACUUAACCAGUAGUGAAAAGACCAAGAGACUUAGUCAGAACUCUGAUAGAAAUGGUACCACUCACAGAAAGCAAGCCAGCAGGAAAAGGGAGCCUACAGCAAAUGACACGUCUGCGUCCUUAGAGGCCAGCCCAGGAGUAAAGGAUUCAGCAGCAGCGCUUGCAACUUUUCCAACAAGCCUUUCUGCAAAAAAUGUUAUCAAAAAGAAGGGAGAAAUUAUAGUCUCAUGGACAAGAAAUGAUGACCGGGAAAUUUUACUAGAGUGUCAGAGAAGAAUGCCAUCUCUGAAAACAUUUACAUAUUUAGCUGUCAAGCUGAAUAAAAAUCCAAAUCAGGUUUCAGAGAGGUUCCAGCAGCUGAAGAAGCUCUUUGAGAAGUCAACAUGCAGGUAGUAGCAGGUCCAUCACAGGAGGCUAAUUCUAUGAGUUGCUGGAUUUCACGGCGUUUCAUUGAUAAUUCUUCUACAUAGAAGUUUCGAUUCCUUGUGUUUUAAAUGAGGAACUAGGUGGAGGUUUUGUCUCAGUUUUGAUUUUUUUUUUUUAUUAAAUACUUUCCCAGCCAUCGUGCUUAGCAUAUUCAGAUGGACAGUCUGAUUCACUUACCUGGUACUGGUCAAAGUAUUUAUUUUUAAUCAUUAAAGGUUGUUAUCAAAAUGAAAGAAUAAAAACAACAGGGUUGUAAAACUGAAACCUUCGUUUUGAUAUUGUAUGAAAUAAGUUCUUUAGAUUUAAAAAAAUAAUUUUGUAGCAUUUUAAAUGUAAUGACUGUUUAGUUCACCUUUUUAUCCAUUUUUGUUUUUAUAAUUGCCUCUCAUUUUGGAAAAUUGUGAAAUAAUUUAAUUAGUAUGUUUGUGUGUAUAUAUAUAAUUAUUGUGAUGUAAAUACUAUUAGUAUAUGUAUCUACAUAUGUUUGCACAUAAAUGGCUUUGCUUGCCAAGGGUUUUUUUAAAAAUCUGUAUAAAAUAUUUUGUAUAAACUUUGCUUUCAUUUACAGUCAUGUAUAAUAAAAACAUGUAAAGUCUUGUUUUAUUUUUA